GCCGUGCGUCCCGUGGCCAGCCUGUCUGGGGGUCAGAAGAGUCGCGUGGCCUUUGCCCAGAUGACCAUGUCUUGUCCCAACUUCUACAUCCUGGAUGAGCCGACAAAUCACCUGGACAUGGAGACCAUCGAGGCGCUGGCAAAGGCACUGAACAAGUUCCGGGGCGGCGUGAUUCUGGUGUCCCACGACGAGCGCUUCAUCCGCCUGGUGUGCCAGGAGCUGUGGGUGUGCGAGAACGCCACUGUCACCCGCAUCGAGGGUGGCUUCGACCAGUACAGAGACAUCCUGAAGGAGCAGUUCCGGAAGGAGGGGUUCCUAUAA